CCUGCCAGCGAGGAUUCUACCGUCAUUCCCUGGAGGCUAAACGCUGCCUGAAGUGCCCCCCCAACAGCUUGUCCGAUGAGUCAGGGGCUACAUCUUGUUCCUGCAACGCAGGCUUCUACCGAGCACCUUCGGAGGGCCAGAACAUUGCCUGUACCCGUCCCCCCUCAGCUCCCCGCAAUGUCAGCUUCUCCCUUAUUGGCACACAGCUGAGUCUGUGGUGGCAGCCACCCAGUGACCAGGGUGGGCGCAAGGACCUGACUUACACAGUCUUCUGUCAGCGCUGCCAUUUCCUGUCAUGUGAACCCUGUGAGGCUGGUGUGGUGUUCUCCCCCAGUGCUUCUGGUCUCACUAAACCUGCUGUGGAUGUGGAUGGCCUAGAAGCUUACACCAACUACACAUUUGCCGUGGAAGCCCUUAACGGUGUCUCAGGAAUGGGACCUGCUCCACAGAGAACAGCUCCAGCUGUCUGGGUCUCAGUUGGACAUGCAGCUCCGGUGACAGUAUCCCAGUUUGUCCUGACACAAAGAGAUGACAGUAGUCUUUCUGUUUCAUGGCUUGCCCCAUGGCAACGCAGUCGAACCUCAGUGGAAUAUGAGGUCAUGUUCUUUGAGAAGGGAGAGGAGACCCGUUACACAGUGAAGCACCUUCUUGAGCCAAAUGUCACUCUGAGAGAUCUGCAGCCAGACACAGCCUACCUGCUUCGUGUGAGAUCCAUUACACCCCUCGGGCCUGGGCCCUACUCCCCAGAGCAGGAAUUCCGCACCCUUCCACCAGACACAGGAGCUCUGUCUGGUGGAGUCAUAGUCUCUAUUAUCUUUGGAGUUAUACUAUUUAUUGGGCUGCUUCUGGGAUUGCUCAUCUUUCGGCGAAAGAGGGCUCAUCGGAGACACGCACGGCCAGAUUACAAUACUUCAGGCUUCGAUCGAGAGAAGGUCUGGUUGAAGCCCUAUGUAGACCUUCAGCCAUAUGAUGACCCCAGCAGAGGGGUGCUGGAAUUCACUAAGGAACUGGAUGCCUCUUGUGUCACUAUGGAGAACGUGAUUGGAGAAGGGGAAUUUGGAGAGGUCUAUCGUGGGUCCCUGCGGCUCCCAGGGAAAGAACGUAUCGUGGUUGCCAUUAAGACUCUGAAGUCAACAUAUUCAGACUCGCAGUGGUGGAACUUUCUGCGUGAAGCAACAAUUAUGGGACAAUUCAAUCACCCAAACAUUGUGCGUCUGGAAGGAGUUGUCACCAAAAGGAGGCCAAUGAUGAUCAUCACUGAAUAUAUGGAGAAUGGAGCACUGGAUACUUUCCUCCGGGAGAAUGAGGAAAAAUUUAGCCCUGUGCAGCUUGUGAGCAUGCUGCAGGGAAUAGCCUCUGGCAUGACCUACCUUUCAGAACACAAUUAUGUACACCGCGAUCUGGCUGCUCGCAACAUCCUGGUAACACGCAGUCUCCAGUGCAAGGUGUCUGACUUUGGUCUCUCCCGUAUAUUGGAGAAUGAUGCAGAGGGAACCUAUGAAACCAAGGGUGGUAAGAUUCCCAUCCGAUGGACAGCCCCAGAGGCCAUUGCUCAUCGGAUUUUCACCUCAGCCAGUGAUGUCUGGAGCUUUGGAAUUGUCAUGUGGGAGGUGCUGUCAUUUGGUGACAAGCCAUACGGGCACAUGACCAACCAAGAGGUGAUGAAAAGCUUAGAGGAAGGGUACCGGCUCCCCCCACCUGUGGACUGCCCAUCUAUCCUCUAUGAACUCAUGAAGAGCUGCUGGUCGCAUGAUCGGAUGAGGAGGCCUCCUUUUAAGGAAAUCAGGGCACAGCUGCAACAUUUCAUUUCAACUCCCCAGCUCCUCCGGCCUGUUGCAGACUUUGAUCCCAGGGUAACACUCCGCCUCCCCAGCUGCAGUGGAUCUGAUGGGAUCCCCUACCGAUCCAUCCCGGAGUGGCUGGAAUCCAUUCGCAUGAAGCGCUACAUCUCCAACUUCCGCACUGCUGGCCUGGACACCAUGGAGUCCAUUCUGGAGCUCACUGCUGAGGACCUGAAACAGAUGGGAGUGUCACUUCCAGGCCACCAGAAGAGGAUCCUGUGCAGCAUCCAAGGUUUUAAGGAGUGAUGAGUUGUUGCGCUCUUAAGCUUGAAAAAUGCCCAUUCUUACCAGAUAUCACUUGGAAUCAUUCCUAUGGCAAUUGCUUCCAAAUGAGUGACUGGGACAAGCAAAGCAAAACAACCAGAACUGAAAAGCUCAUGAGGCAUCACCACCUGCUCUCAUUUCUGUUCCCCUUUGCUUUAGCUCUACAGCAGCCAUCAGUACCUUUCAGAGCACUGGUCAUAGAAACUGUUCUCAGCCCUGUCUUCUGCAGUUUAUUUUGUGCAGCUCUUAGUCCCUGUAGUCCACAUACUGGAGUUUCAGACCUUCAGUAUAUCACAUGGAAUACAAUGUGGACAGGGAGUGGUGGAUAAUAUUUUAAGAUUGGAGAUGAGGGUUCAGAUAGACUGGGACAUUCAGGGACCAGGCACAAGGAUACAGACAGGUAUAGACUGGGCACAUUCACUCCCUGGCAUACAUUCCUUCUCACUUCAGCAGCCUUCUGUCUUUCUUAUUUUACAACAGGAACAAACUAUUCAGUCUUUCACCAGGCUGCUGGUAAGGGAUACAUUUUUGAAUUCAGCUAUUCUUGCUUUGAACACCAACCUGUGGUGUACUUCUUUCUUUGGAGGAGAAACUGGAAGUAGCAGCACACCCUGCUGUAACUUGCGUGAUCAUAUCACUUCAGCAUGUUGCUGUUUUGCACAUGCACACGUCACUGAACUGCUUAAUAACUUUUCUUAUGCCAUGGACAGAAAACCCUUUAGGUACCCAUUUUUCUCUGCCCCUUUUAAAAAGAGAGAAUAGUCUUGUUUGGCUGGAUAGGGUAUUUGUAACAGAAAAAUGUGUAGGUGGUCUGUCUUAUUCCUUCUCUAUGGAGGAAAUAUUAUUUAUCAUAUCUCAAGACAGUUAUAGUCUGUAAAUAAUAUUUUGUAAAUAAACCUGUGGCAGAGCA